UUGGCUCUGACCUCUCUCGCUGCCGCCGCUCCCGGCUCGCCCAGCGACUGCGCUCACAAGGUCAAAGAGUCCGUCGCCCCUCCUCGUGGAUGGACCAAGACCAAGGCCGCUCCUGCUGAUCAUCUCAUUGAGCUGCGAAUCGGCCUGCCACAGCCCAACUUUGCGGUGCUGGAGCAGCACUUUGACCCAUUCCAUGAACGUUAUGGUGUACACCUGUCCAAAGAAGAGGUAGAAGCCCUCGUAGCGCCUCACCCCGAGAGCAUCCAGCUCGUCGACGAAUGGCUUGCCUCUCAUGGUAUUCCAUCGGACGCGCUGUCCCGUUCGCCGGCUCAGGAUUGGGUUACCAUCCGAAUUCCGGUCUCUAUGGCCGAGGAAAUGAUGAAGACGGAAUAUCACGUCUGGGUCCACGAUGCAAGCGGCGCCGCCCUCGUGCGCACAACCUCCUACAGCCUCCCCGAGCACCUCCACGCGCACGUCGACGUCGUGCAGCCCACGACGUCCUUCGCGCGCUUCAGGCGCGACGCCGCGACG